GUUGAGUAUUACUAUUACCGGUAGGCCUAUAGCGUUUUUAUUUUAGGACGAAAAGAAUCAUGUAUUUUAUCCUUGUAGACAGAAAAUAUUGACCAAGAAAAACGAAGACGAAAAAUUUAAGAAAUCUAAUUGAAUAUCGAACGGUAGUGCACAAAAUACAACCAUCCGAGUCUGAAAACCUGAAUGAAGAAGUGUACAUGUACCGCGGCAGCAGCGUAACAGCGAGAGCAACUCGACACAAAACCAAGCCCAAACCAACGGCAGGCCAAGCAGGCCAGGUACCGUACCGUUUAGACCGCGACUUGGCUGAGCUGAGUGAGAUCAUCGAUCAGAGAGCGAGACCCACACUGACCGCUGACUCUGCACUGUAGUGUAGGUAUCGUUUUUCAUUCGUCAUUGCCAAGACAGGACAGGAACAUGAUUGAAUGGACAAUGUUAUCUGCCGCAUUUCUUCCCUCUUUACUCUUCUUGCAAGUUGUGACAAUUUCACAAGGUCAGAAUAUACGUUUGCAAGAUGGUGGUCCAACCUAUGGAAGAUUGGAGAUUUACCACAAUGGAGAAUGGGGCACAGUUUGUGAUGACAACUUUGGGAUUCUGGAUGCACAGGUGGCUUGCCGUGAGCUUGGGUUGGACUCGUUUUUGACGAGCGUUUACGGAGGCAGUAGGUACGGGCCAGGGACGGGACAAAUCUGGUUGGAUGAAGUGGAUUGUACUGGUUCAGAGUCGAGUUUGGCUAGCUGUUCCCACAGUGGCUAUGGUAUCCAUGAUUGUUCUCAUUCAGAGGAUGUUGGCAUCGUCUGUGGAUCAACUACAGAUUCCAUGAUUGGAGGGGAAUUACGUCUGGUAAAUGGAGGUUCUAAUUACGGAAGACUGGAAAUCUCUGUAAACGGUGUCUGGGGUACUGUCUGUGAUGAUAGCUUUGACAGCUCAGAUGCAAGGGUUGCCUGCCGUCAGCUUGGCUUUGACACAUCGAUAGUAGACUACUAUACAAGUGCAAGAUUUGGUGAAGGAAGUGGGUCUAUUUGGUUGGAUGAAUUAGGUUGCAUUGGUACAGAAACAACCCUGAACAGCUGUUAUCACAGUGACUUUGGUGUUCAUGAUUGCACCCAUGCAGAAGAUGUUGGCAUUUCGUGUGGAACAACAAAUGUAGGAGGAAGUUCUGGAGGCUUGUCAGGUGUGGGAAGUUGGAUAGGGGGUGCCAUCUUUAUCAUUAUUAUAUUUGUGGUCGCUAUACUGUUCAGACGGAGACGAAUUAACGCAAUGCGCCAACGUCAAACUACAAGGUUCGUCCAGCCACCUGUUACCACCACAGUCCAUGUCACCACCAACCCCAGUGCCCCGGGGAACACACCCAUGCCUACCUACCACCACGCUCCAGCACCGCAGCAGCAACCUGGCGAACCACGCCCGUACCCCACACAGACCUUCACACCUACUUACCCGUCGGCUGGAGGUGCUCCGCCGGCAAACCCGUACCCUGUUCAGGCUUUCCCGUCCGCCACACAGUAUCCAGCACAGACUCCAUCAGAUACCAAUCCCUACCCUCCCCAGGGCGCCGGGACGGCCGGUUACCCUCCUCAGCCAACAGCACCUGCCUACCCACCCCCAUCGGCGGCAAGUGCUCCAGCGUACCCACCCCCAUCAGCAGCUAGUGCUCCAGCCUACCCACCCCCAUCGGCAGCUAGUGCUCCAGCCUACCCACCCCCGUCUACAGGAGAUGCAUCGGCCUAUCCUCCCCAGCUGACUCCUGAUGCGUCAGCUGCAUACCCCCCAAGCAGUAAUACUCCCGUAGGAGACCUUCCCCCUCCGCCUUCCUAUGAUGACAUUGUCAAGCAGUAACUUCCAUGUUAACUAAAAUUCUGCAAUUUUCUUAGCUCUCCACUUUUUCAUCCAGAUGAAUCGUGAUAUAAUUUACAUCAGAAAUUUCAGGGUGAAGUGUAUGAUGUGACAUUUUAAAAUGCUUACUGUGUGCAAGAAAAAGAAAAAUGUCAAAGCACGUGUAUGCAGACAAUAUUGUAUCUGGGUGAUUCCACGGUCAGUCGCAUUACAAUUUUUUACGCGCCUUCUUUUAUUAAAUACUUGGUGCUGACAGUUUUCCAGGGCUGAGUCUUUCUGUCAUGUUAAUGCUGAUGAUUCAUUUUGACAAUUGAGGCUUUAAAACAAUACUUUCAGAAUGUUUUGUGUUGAUGUAUAUUGUGGAUGCAAUGAUGUCCCCAAAAUCGGUCAGUGACAUUACACAAAAAGGACAUGGAAAAAAGUGACUGAUUACUGUUUGAUAGUUCUUUCAAAUCAAAACACUUUUAUCAAUUUCGAUAGUUGCAAAACAUUACUUACAUAUAGAAGUCUCAAUUAAGACAUUCAAAUUUAAGAAGCCUCUUCCAGUUUCUCUCGUGGAAAAAAAGUCCGGUCAGUCACAUUAUGGUCAAUUGCAUUACACUUUUCCGGCACUACAAAUUGAACACUUUUUAACCCUUCCUGCAUUUUAUAUUUGAAAAUUUUCUUAUAAUUUGAUGUAAAAUGAUGACCUUCAGAUUAUCCAACUGAAAAUUUUACAAAACAAAUAAUAGUUUUCUGUUAAGUUAAAAUUAAGUAAAAUGAAAUAUAUGUAGUCCCAUGUAUAUCAUCUUUUGAAUGGUUUGGAGAAUUCUCCUAUAAGGAGAUGCAUUAGAAAACAAAAAUUGAGGCUGAUUACUAUCACCCUUUGUAUUUAUGAUCUUCCAUAUGAGUUUUAUUUUUUAAAAAUAUUGAUCCAGAUUUGAAAAAGAGCCAAUAUAAAUAUUUGGAAUAUGGCCACAUUUACCUGGAAUCACCCAUCUAAUGGCAUUAGUGUAUGGCAUUAACUCAUUAUCAUUCUAGAUGCUCUCAUUUGCAAUGCAAUAUCGACAAAACAGGCAUUUAAAAAUUAUUAUAAAAAAUAAUAUUGUCCAAAGAACCAACAAAAUCUACAAGAUCAGAUGUGAUAUGAUGUAAUUGUUUGUAAUCUUUAGGAGUACCUCAGGGAAACGUGUGUCCUUCCUUAUGUUUUAUCACUCUUUAUACAGGUAAUCACAAUCACUUCAGUAGAAGAAGACAUACAUGUUAGGCAAUCUCUAUUUUAGUCAUUAAUAUGGUUUCCUAUGGGAAAGAAAUCUUGAGGUAGAGGAAUUUGAAAAUCGAAAAAAGAAUAUUUUGAUUGCGCUUUUAAAAUGUACUAAACAAACUGGCACAGCCAACACUGGACAUGGACUUCUACAAAAACGCUAACCACCUGUUCAUGACAUUUUUUUUUGUAAUUCAAUAAAAACAAAGGUACUUGUAAUGAAUCUAAAAUUUCACUGAAAAUUCUGUCCCAAUAAAUAUGUUCUGCAAUGUCCGAUUCAUUUUCUCUUCACAAUGAAAAGAUGAUUUCUUCAUUAUUGGGGAUUCAUCACUGGUAAUACAUGGUUAAAAGUGUAUUCAUUCUGAAGAUUGUUGAAUAAACUGCCAUCAUCCAUGUGGCUAUGUCAAAGGAUGAUCAGAGAGUCUUUCCCAGAGUUGAUGAUACAGUUGAUUCAUUUCAAUUUUUUAAACUGCCAUUCUAUGUACCAUCAAUUGAAUCAGAAAAAGUUUCUAUCAAUGACUAUGUCUUUGAAAAAACAUAGAUUUAUCAUUCUUGUUAAUCAUUUUUGUAGCAGUUACUUUAAUGUUCAUAUUCAUAUU